GUUAGUAGUAACCUUAAGACAGAUUCAUCUUGUAUUGCAGAAACACAAUCCUCCACUGCAUUUUGCACAUGUCAAAGGAAGAUUUUUGCAUUAACUCCCUAACAUUUGUCUGGAAUUAACAGAGCAGAAAUGAUCUAACAUUAUUUGCACUUUCACUAAAUAUCAAGUAGAUCUGAUUUAAAAAAAAACCCAACCGACAUCUUAAUCAGAUUUGAGCCUCACAAUAGCGUUUCUUCGUUAUGUAAGGCUUUGCCACGUGUUUGCUGCGCCUUGUCCAGCUCUCUGAAGACAUCCAGAUGUAGACUUAUGAGAAAUCUCCAAAGCAUCCGACCUCUGGCGCCUAGAAGGCAAUCACUGCAGGCAACAGAAAGGAAAACAAUAGAUUACAUCUGUGCUUCCAGAAGGGACGCAUACAACUUUGCCUUACGUAUUUAGUUUAAAUCCUUCCUCAUAAUUUUUUAAAAAAGCUGAAGGAUAACAAAGAAAACUCUGCAAAAACAGCGACACAAACAGCUGUUUGACAUCUGUAGAACAUUUAUUCUCCCUGUUAUAAGAUUUCCUUUUACAUUCUGCCUUCACGUCGUCACGUGGGACCAGUCUGCUCCGGAGCCUUUGGUCACAGCUGAGAGGAGCUGCAGCAGCAAAUCAGUUUGUUUGCCGUGGAUUUCUGGUUUUUCCUCCUCAGUCAUGGAUCUUCGAGAGCUUCAGGUAACACUUUGUCUUCUCCUGCUGCUGCACUGCUCACUGCAGCAGACGCCCUCCAAGAAGAGAAACGGAAAAAAAGACUCAGUAACGAGUGAUGCGAUUGCGAAGCUGCAGAAACAGAUCGAUGACAUUGUUCAGGAGCUGAACCUGCUGAAAGAGCACCAAGCCUUGCAGACGGUUUGUUUGAAAGGCACAAAGAUCUUGGGAAAGUGUCUUCUGGCCGAUCCAGUGAAGAAGACCUUCCAUGCAGCCAAUGACGACUGCAUCGCCAAGGGAGGCGGCCUGAGCACCCCGCUGACGGCAGACGAGAACGACCAGCUUCACAGCUACGUUCGUCAGAGCUUCGGGCCGGAGGAGCACAUCUGGCUGGGCAUCAAUGACAUAGUGAUGGACGGACACUGGGUGGACCAGACAGGCUCCAGCGUACGCUUCAAGAACUGGGAGACUGAGAUCACCCACCAGCCCGACGGAGGGCACGCCCAGAACUGCGCCAUCUUGUCCACCACAGCCAAUGGGAAAUGGUUCGAUGAGAACUGUAGAGCUGAAAAGGCCUCGGUGUGUGAGUUUAACAUCGUCUGAGAGGUUUGCUGCCACUCUUUAGACUCUGAUGUCUCUCUAUGCAGAUGAUAUUAGCAUUAAACUGAAACAGAUUUAAGCUGCAAUUUUCCUUUGACCUCUGUUUCUACAGGUCAUCAUAAGAAAAGAACAUUAAAUGAUGCAGUAUAAGCCACUCACUGGAACCUUUAUGUGAAUUAUAAAAAUACUCAUGUUUAUGUUAAAAUAUAUCAGUAUGACUUGUCUGUGUAUUAUGUGCUGUAUGUAAUCAAAUCUGCUUUAUAACUGAAGAACAAUUUUGUGUUUUCUGUGGCA